CCUAUCAUCUUAUACAACAUAGUUCGACUAUCAGCUCAUCAGCAUUAUCACUCGCUAAUCCACUGUCCAUCGUAUUAUCUUGGCGCACUGUCCUCCAUCACCUCGAUCGCACUCGCCGUGCAGAGCGCUAUGGCCACGGAGGAGACAUCGGCGCUGGCGGUCGACGGCGCCCAUGAGCAUCCCACGCUCCACAUGCACAACGUGGCCGAGGUGAUCCCGACCCUGCCGCUGGAGACGCGGUGGCCGCCGUUCGCGCACCGCCGGUACCGUGGCUUCUGGGUGGCCGAGCGGUUCCUGCUGGCACUGGCGGCCUUCAACGACCAAUUCGAGCCGGCGCCCGGUGACGUGCUCUUGGUCACCUGCCCCAAGUCCGGCACCACGUGGUUGAAGGCCCUCGCCUUCGCCACCGUGCACCGCGCCGCGCACCCACCGUCGUCUGCCGACCACCCCCUCCUCGGCCGCAACCCGCACGGCUGCGUUAGGUUCCUCGAAGGUAUCUUCUUCGGCCGCUCCGUGGACGAGGCGCGCGACGUCCUCGCCGCCGCGUGUCCGUCCCCGCCCCGUUUGCUCGCCACCCACUGGGCCUACUCCCAGCUGCCGGAGUGCGUCACCGGCGGCUGCCGGAUCGUGUAUAUCUGCCGGGAGCCCAAGGACGUGCUAGUGUCGUGGUACUGGUUCCUCAAGAAGGUAGUCGCCUACGGCGCCACCAGCGACCACGAGCCCGACCCCGACCUCGACUUCGCCGAGCUCUACGAGGUGUUCUGCGAGGGCCGCAACGGAUACGGGCCGGUUUGGCGGCAGGCGGCCGAGUACUGGGAGGCUAGCAGGGAGCGCCCGGACAAGGUGCUCUUCCUCAGGUACGAGGAGAUGCUGCGCGACCCGCCGGGCAACGUCCGGAGGCUGGCGCGGUUUCUGGGGUGCCCGUUCACGGCGGAGGAGGAGGACGCCGGCGUGGUGGGCGCCAUGUUGGAGCUGUGUAGCCUGGAGAAGCUGCGGGACCUGGGGGUGAAUAGGAAAGGCACGCCGGGGAUGAGCACCGUUUCCAACGACGUCUUCUUCCGGAAGGGCGUGGUCGGCGACUGGCGCAGCCACAUGACGCCCGCCAUGGCUGCGACGCUGGACGACAUCGUCAACGAUGCCAUGCGAGGCACGGGUUUCUCGUUUACUGAUUCAGGCCAUGCGGAAGAAGGCGCUGCGCCGUAGACAUUUUGCACCCAUAUGCGAUGCACGUUUGUUACUUAUACGUGCAAACUGAAUCAGGACCGAGUAAUAAUGUAGUGCUACGUGUUUUUUUAACAAAGUUUGUAAUGUAUGUGUGUCCUGCAUAUUCAAAAUUUCAAAUAGAGAUUCUAAAAUCAGCAAUCUUUACGUUUGAAAACAUGUGGAUGGAGUAUGAUGUUUUUUUUUGCCUCCGGCUUGAAUAUCUUUGGAAUAAAUAUGUCUU